CCAGUUAUUCGUUUGGCGCGCGCGUCCGAGAGGAGGAUUUUGGAUUCUCUUGGUUUUUCUCACGGCUCUUCGCGGCUUUGGAGUAUUUUUGUAACGCGGUGACGACGGUUGUCGACAUGCCAUCUAUGCUGGGCUCGAUGAUGGUGGCCUCUACGUCGGCCCCCUCCCUGCAAGAAGCUUUGGAAAAUGCGGGGAGGCUUAUCGACCGACAGUUGCAAGAAGACCGCAUGUACCCGGACCUUUCUGAGCUGCUCAUGGUGUCGGCCCCAAACAGUCCUACUGUUUCUGGAAUGUCUGAUAUGGAUUACCCUCUGCAAGGACCAGGUCUACUGUCAGUACCGAGCCUUCCAGAGAUCAGCACCAUCCGAAGAGUUCCCCUCCCGCCUGAGCUGGUUGAACAGUUUGGACACAUGCAGUGUAACUGCAUGAUGGGUGUUUUCCCUCCUAUCAGCAGAGCUUGGCUUACAAUUGACAGUGACAUAUUCAUGUGGAACUAUGAAGACGGAGGUGACCUUGCCUAUUUUGAUGGACUCAGUGAGACAAUUCUUGCUGUGGGGCUUGUGAAACCAAAAGCUGGAAUCUUUCAACCUCAUGUAAGACAUUUGUUGGUUUUGGCAACACCUGUGGAUAUAGUAAUUCUUGGACUCAGCUAUGCUAAUGUUCAGACAGGCUCUGGCAUCCUUAAUGACAGUGUGUGUGGUGGCCUGCAGCUGCUUCCAGAUCCGUUGUACUCCCUUCCCACGGACAACACUUACCUUUUAACUAUCACCUCCACGGAUAAUGGCAGGAUUUUUUUGGCUGGAAAGGACGGCUGUUUGUAUGAAGUAGCAUACCAAGCAGAAGCAGGCUGGUUCAGUCAAAGAUGUAGGAAGAUAAACCACUCCAAGAGCUCGCUCUCCUUCCUCGUGCCUUCCUUGCUGCAGUUCACCUUCUCAGAAGAUGAUCCUAUUGUUCAAAUUGAAAUUGAUAAUUCCAGAAAUAUUUUGUAUACCCGAUCGGAGAAAGGAGUGAUACAGGUUUAUGAUUUGGGCCAUGAUGGACAGGGGAUGAGUAGAGUUGCUUCAGUUUCACAGAAUGCCAUUGUCUAUGCUGCUGGGAACAUUGCUAGGACUAUCGAUCGUUCUGUUUUUAAGCCAAUUGUUCAAAUAGCUGUGAUUGAGAACUCUGAAUCACUGGACUGUCAGUUACUGGCUGUCACUCAUGCAGGUGUGAGGUUGUAUUUCAGCACUUGUCCGUUUAGACAGCCAUUAGCUCGGCCCAAUACACUGACACUGGUUCACGUCCGGUUACCUCCUGGCUUCUCAGCGUCUUCAACAGUCGAAAAGCCUUCAAAAGUACAUAAAGCACUUUACAGUAAAGGAAUUUUACUGAUGACAGCCUCAGAAAAUGAAGAUAAUGACAUUUUAUGGUGUGUCAACCAUGAUACAUUUCCUUUCCAAAAGCCAAUGAUGGAAACUCAGAUGACAACUCGUGUUGAUGGUCAUUCCUGGGCUCUUUCUGCAAUAGAUGAAUUAAAAGUAGAUAAAAUAAUCACGCCUUUAAAUAAAGAUCAUAUUCCAAUAACUGACUCCCCAGUUGUAGUACAACAGCACAUGUUGCCUCCAAAGAAAUUCGUUCUCCUCUCAGCACAGGGUAGUCUUAUGUUUCACAAACUUAGACCCGUAGAUCAGCUGAGACAUCUGCUUGUAAGUAACGUGGGAGGGGAUGGAGAAGAGAUUGAGAGAUUCUUCAAAUUACAUCAGGAAGACCAAGCUUGUGCGACGUGCCUUAUUCUUGCUUGUUCCACCGCUGCCUGUGACAGAGAGGUGUCUGCCUGGGCUACGCGGGCAUUCUUUAGGUAUGGUGGUGAGGCACAGAUGAGAUUUCCAGCUACUCUUCCCACUCCGAGUAACGUUGGUCCCAUCCUGGGCUCUCCUAUGUAUUCUAGUUCUCCUGUCCCUACUGGGAGUCCCUAUCCAAACCCGUCCUCUUUGGGGACACCAUCCCAUGGUGCUCAGCCUCCUACCAUGUCAACCCCAAUGUCUGCUGUUGGAAACCCAGCCAUGCAGGCUGCAAGCCUGAGUGGUUUGACUGGACCAGAGAUUGUGUACUCAGGAAAACACAACGGUAUUUGCAUUUACUUUUCUCGAAUCAUGGGAAAUAUUUGGGAUGCUAGCUUAGUUGUUGAAAGAGUAUUCAAGAGUUCCAACAGGGAGAUCACUGCAAUUGAAAGCAGUGUGCCCAUCCAGCUGCUGGAGUCAGUGCUACAGGAACUGAAGGGUUUGCAGGAAUUUCUAGACAGGAAUUCUCAGUUUUCAGGAGGACCACUAGGAAAUCCAAAUACCACUGCCAAAGUGCAGCAGAGGCUGCUUGGAGUCAUGCGUCCCGAGAAUGGAAACACCCAGCAAAUGCAACAGGAGCUGCAGAGGAAGUUUCAUGAGGCUCAACUGAGUGAGAAGAUUUCACUUCAGGCAAUCCAACAGCUAGUUAGAAAAUCGUACCAGGCUCUGGCUUUGUGGAAACUCCUUUGUGAACAUCAGUUUACUGUCAUUGUAGGAGAACUUCAAAAGGAAUUUCAAGAGCAGCUGAAGAUCACUACCUUUAAGGAUCUGGUAAUCAGGGACAAAGAGGUCACUGGAGCACUAAUUGCUUCUCUCAUCAACUGCUACAUCAGAGACAAUGCUGCUGUAGAUGGCAUUAGUUUACAUCUGCAGGACACCUGUCCGCUUCUGUAUAGCACAGAUGAUGCAGUUUGUUCCAAGGCAAAUGAGCUUCUUCAGCGUUCCCGGCAAGUUCAGAAUAAGAGUGAGAGAGAGAGGAUGUUAAGGGAGUCUCUGAAGGAGUACCAGAAAAUCAGCAACCAAGUAGACCUUCCCAGUGUGUGUGCUCAGUAUAGGCAAGUGCGCUUUUAUGAGGGUGUGGUGGAACUGUCUCUUACUGCUGCGGAGAAGAAAGAUCCUCAGGGUCUUGGACUCCAUUUCUAUAAGCAUGGGGAACCGGAAGAGGAUGUGGUUGGUCUUCAGACUUUCCAAGAGAGGUUAAACAGUUACAAGUGCAUUACGGACACUCUUCAAGAACUGGUAAAUCAAAGUAAGGCAGCUCCUCAGUCUCCUAGUGUACCCAAAAAGCCUGGUCCUCCAGUGUUGUCAUCCGAUCCCAACAUGCUGAGCAAUGAAGAGGCAGGACAUCACUUUGAACAAAUGCUUAAACUGGCUCAGCGAUCCAAGGAUGAGCUCUUCAGUAUUGCUCUCUAUAACUGGCUAAUCCAAGCUGACCUUGCAGAUAAACUGCUACAGAUUGCAUCUCCAUUUCUUGAGCCACAUCUUGUCCGAAUGGCCAAAGUGGAUCAAAACCGAGUUCGCUAUAUGGAUUUACUCUGGAGGUAUUAUGAGAAGAACAGGAGUUUCAGCAGUGCUGCUCGGGUCCUGUCCAAGCUGGCCGACAUGCACAGCACAGAAAUUUCACUGCAGCAGCGACUAGAAUACAUUGCUCGAGCCAUUCUUAGUGCGAAAAGUUCCACUGCCAUUUCAUCCAUAGCUGCAGAUGGUGAAUUCCUACAUGAACUGGAAGAGAAAAUGGAAGUUGCUAGGAUCCAACUUCAGAUACAAGAGACACUACAAAGGCAGUACUCCCAUCAUUCUUCAGUGCAGGAUGCAAUUUCUCAGCUGGAUUCUGAGCUCAUGGACAUUACUAAGCUUUAUGGAGAAUUUGCUGAUCCAUUUAAACUUGCAGAAUGUAAACUUGCAAUCAUUCAUUGUGCUGGUUAUUCAGAUCCCAUAUUGGUACACACACUUUGGCAAGAUAUCAUAGAGAAAGAAUUGAGUGAUAGCGUAACAUUGAGUUCAUCAGAUCGAAUGCAUGCUCUUAGCCUCAAGCUUGUUCUCCUUGGCAAAAUCUAUGCUGGCACACCUCGAUUUUUCCCUCUGGAUUUCAUUGUGCAGUUCUUGGAGCAGCAAGUUUGUACUUUAAACUGGGAUGUGGGGUUUGUGAUACAGACCAUGAAUGAAAUUGGUGUGCCUUUACCUAGGCUACUAGAAGUUUAUGAUCAGCUCUUCAAAUCAAGGGAUCCAUUCUGGAACAGAGUGAAAAGCCCACUGCACCUUUUGGAUUGUAUCCAUGUACUGUUGACAAGAUAUGUUGAGAAUCCUAGCCUAGUUUUAAAUUGUGAGAGGAGAAGGUUUACAAAUCUCUGCCUGGAUGCCGUCUGUGGUUAUCUGGUUGAACUUCAGUCAAUGAGUUCUUCGGUGGCAGUACAAGCCAUCACUGGGAAUUUUAAAUCUCUCCAAGCGAAGUUGGAACGGCUCCAUUAAUUACUGUAGUAUAUUUUCUUGCUUGCGUUUUGGUCUGUAAAAUAAAAGCUCGGAUGGGUCCAGAAAUCAGGUGUUGUAUCUAAGAAUUUUGGUAGGCAUUUUUUUUUUUUAAUGAAUGGUAGUUAUCUACAAAUAGUGCAUUUGCUGAAUGAUUUGUUUUUUAUGACUAGUUGUUUUUUUUUUUUUUUUAAUUGAUAACUUGGGCCCAGAUAUGUAGCUCAGUGGUAAAAUGUUUGUAUAAUAUGUAAAAAGUCAGUACUACACACAAACACAUCAGUUUAUAAAAAUCUGAAAUAAGAUUAUGUAUGAUUCUAACACACAAAAGAUUUUGAAUUUUACUAAUGGUAACAAUUUUGCAUUUGUAUUAUUUAUCUCCAGGUUUAUGUUAGUAUUAAAACUUGUAGGCCAUGCCAGGUUCGAUGACACUUGCCUUUGAAUCCAGUACUUGGGGAAGCAGUGGCAGGUGGAUCUCUAGAACUCACUGAAAUUUCCAGGCCAAGGGCUACAUAGUGAAGCCUUGUCUUAAAAAAUAAAAACACCGUAUAGGCUGGUCUUCUCCCAUAGUGUUAGAUUCUAUAACAGUCCUUAAUUAUUCAUUUUAAGUUAUUUUUUAAGAAAUCUCCUGGGGUUGGGAAUUUAGCUCAGUGGUAGAGCGCUUGCCUAGCAAGCUCAAGGCCCUGGGUUCAGUCCUCAGCUCCAAAAAAAAAAAGAAAAAAAGAAAUCUCCUGAACCACUAAUUUUAUCAAUUACGGCCCUUUCUGUUCUCUCAUCCUUUUUUUUCUCUCCCUCUUACCAUAAAUAUGUACAUUAAAUUUUAUGUAUACAUUUAUAUAUGUGUGUGCAGGAUGUGUAUGUAUAUCCAAGAUUGUUUGAGCAUGUGAUAAACUUGUAACACUUGUUUGUACUUAAAAACCUUCAUGAUCAUCCAGCUGUGGUGGGGCUCACCUUUAAUCAAUUGGGACACCCAGGGGGUCGGGGGUGCCUCAGAGUUCACAGCCAGUCUGGUCUACAUAUUGAGUUACAGUUCAACCAUGGCUAUACAGUGACUGUUUCCUUAGAAUCCUCACUGUCAAACUGUAUGCCUCUCAAGCCCGCAACAGCAGCAGCAUCCAAAAUGUGUUACAAAAAAAAUCCUGGGUCUC